CCGUUGAUAGCACUGGAGUCGCCAGCGUCAGCAAUAGGUGAUCUUAUUCUCUGCACCUCUCGAAGCUGGAGCAUUCUUUCAACUUCAAGGAAGAGUUGGUCGUCUAUCUCGCCCAUUUCUUCCACCAUGGCUGCCAGCUCUCUGCUUCUGCUCGUGACCUUGCUUGCUGCGGUUUCCGCUGCCUCUGCGUGGCGGCCUCUAUUCCCCAUCGUCCAGCCGAGCGUGGAUAGUCUGCUGGGGGUGGAGGACAAGUUUGGCGCGUUCCUGGUGCAGUAUGGCAAAAACUACACAGGCAGCCAAUAUUUGCACCGCCUCAAGGUCUUCCGGGACAACUUGGUCAAGGCAACACUCAAUCAGUUGAACGACCCCGGUGCGCAGCACGGUAUCACGCAAUUCUCUGACCUGACUGAGGAGGAGUUCCAGCACUACUACCUGGGCCUGGCCUCCGCGCACGAGCCGGGCGAGAGCAUUCCCGUCGCCCCCCCGCUGCCCACUGGGGACCUCCCCGAGACGUUUGACUGGCGCGACAGGGGCGCGGUGACGCCCGUGAAGAACCAGGGCAUGUGCGGCUCCUGCUGGGCGUUUGCCACCACGGGCGCCAUCGAGGGCGCGCACUACGUCAAGACGGGCGAGCUCGUCAGCCUCUCGGAGCAGGAGCUCGUGGACUGCGACCAUGAGUGCGACCCCAAUUUCCCGGAGGCGUGUGACAGCGGGUGCAGCGGAGGGCUGCCUAACAAUGCGCUGGAGUGGAUCGUGGAUAAGGGUGGCCUCGUUUCGGAGGCGGACUACCCCUACUCGGGCCAGGACGGCACCUGCAAGCUCACCGACUCUCUCACGAUUGCGGCCAAGGUUGACAACUUUUCGCGCGUCGCAGUCGACGAAGAGCAGAUUGCGGCGAACCUGGUGAAGUUCGGCCCGCUGGCCAUCGGCAUCAACGCCAACUACCUGCAGACGUACAUUGGCGGCGUGACGUGCCCGCUGAUCUGCAACCGGCACGCGCUGAACCACGGCGUGGUGCUGGUGGGCUACGGCGUGCACGGCUUCACGCCCAUCCGCCUCGGCUUCAAGCCGUACUGGAUCGUCAAGAACUCUUGGGGGCCGCACUGGGGCGAGCAGGGCUACUUCAAGAUUUGCCGCGGGAAGGGCGAGUGCGGACUCAACACGAUGGUGUCGGCCGUUAUCAAGGCAGAGUGACUUUGAGCUGGCUUGAUCAGCCGCGAGUGCUCAUGGCGGCAGUUGUACUAUUGCAAUUGUAUAGCGGCGUUCUAGAAGUCCUCCUUUGUCUAAGGGCACUUCUGUGUAUAGAAUAGGAGGGUUGAGGUUGCUUCGGUUGUCUCUCUGUAUCAUUCCUUUCAGUUGCAAGGAAGGUUAUAAGGGCUAUGCACGAGGGAUUACUUCAAUAUAUGUACGGUAUGAUCAAGACCGAGUCACGCUUCAUGAGGAGAUUGCUGUGGUAAAAUUAAGCGUUGGCCCAAGCUUGCAUGACGCGUACGCUGUUUGAAUAUUGCAGAACUCUACAUUGCUUCAACACUUAGCAAUGUACGUAGCACUUGACAUGCAAAAACACCUGUGUGCAAUCUGGCUAAGCUGCGCGCAGUUAGCCCGGCCCCA